CUGCAACGACUGUAUCUACUACUCCUUUUAAAACAAAUAUUUACAAAAUGAAAUAUAUCUUUCUCUUCACACUUGUGGCCAGCUUGGUAUUGGCGAUGGCUAUGGCUUUGGUAGAAAUUCAUCGUGGUUCACCCAACGGUCCAAGUGGUCGCUUUGCUCAUACGGUAAACUGGGCAGCACCACCAGCUGAUCUAAGACAGCCUCCGGUAUAUUUGCCAUUGGCUACACCAAUUGAGGAACCAGGAAACCCGUAGUG